ACUGCUAUAUAAAUGACUACAUCUGCUGAAGUUUCAAAGAAAAGUCAGAGUCUUCUCACCCAGAGUUUGGAGAAAAGGAAUCAACAAUAAAGAAGAUGGCUGCUCCAUCCAAAUCUAUUGUCGACGGUGUGCUCAAGAUGGCACUUGAAAUCGUGGAACCAACAAUGCAAGAAUGUUCUCAGGACGAGCGCAGGGAAAUACAAGAGCAUAUGAGGAACUGCGCUGAAAAGGAAGCUACCCUGACCAACUUCCUUGCUGAUUUCUCCAAGCUUCCAGACGCAAAAAUGCGAGAAAAGCUCCGAAAGCAUCUCUCGGAUGAAGAUUAUAAGAAAAUAUCAGAGUAUGUCGAUGACGAAACAUUUACGAUGAUAAUAACGGGCUCUAGAGCAACCUUUGAGCGUGGAGGCAAAAAAUUCCUUGACCCCAUACAACUUACCUCGAUGGAAGGCAUCGCAUAUGCAAGUACUUUACAAAUAGCUAGCAUUGUCACUGAAUGCAUAUUUCUGGUUCUUGGCGUCAUUGGAGUUAAAGUAAUCUUAAAGGAGACCUUGAUACGCAAAAUAAUCCAAGAAAUCAUUCCAGUAGUGGAACAGCCCGCUUUCAGAAGAAUCAUAGACGAAUUUCUUCAGAGCUGGACAACAGGAAGUACUUGGGGAAAGGCAAAGGCAAUUUUCACUCUGCUGAAAGACACCUAUUCUUUUGGCAUAUUCUGGAAAGUUAUUAAAAUUGCUUUGUCGGAAAUGUCAUGGUUGGACCGAAUCAAAACCAUCGCUCUGAUAGCCGCAACUAUCGUUGCUGCAUUCGCAACAGACGGCAUUGCCCUGAUUGCCAAGAUCACUCUCUCUGUCAAUGAUACGCACAACCUGGGGAAAAAGGUCAUUAACAUGACAACAUUGAAAGCUUUGGCUGCAGAUGUUAGAAAAUAGGAUGCUUGUCUAUUGGCCUCCAAGGAAAAAGUCCAUUGGACUACGAGAAUGAAAAAAACAUUAUUCAAUGCAAGAAUCUAUUUUAAACCUUGCCAAAACAUAUAUUUUAUUGCUUGAUUAAACAAAUAACCUUCUUACUGAAAAUCAAAUGCAUAUAUUUCUUUUGUAUUUGAAAUGUAACCAAAAUAAAGAGAAAGCACUUCA